AUGAGCAGCAAGGAACAGCUCACUGUCGAGUCUGACAGCAGCAGUCACCACACGAAUGUUGCCACGUCGCUUAUUCGAGACGUGCUCCAGCUCAAAUGGAACGAUUGGAAGACGCUCUUGCAAGCCCUUCGAACCGGCCUCGGUGCGGUCGUCGGCAAGCCCAUGGAUGACCGCGAGCUUCUCCUCGAGAAUCUAGUCGUAACUCUCCAGACGCUUCCAGAAGGUAAUCGCAUCGGCGACGCCCUUUCCAACCGCUUCAUUGAGUUCCUCUGGUCGGAUCUCAUUCAUCCUCCGGCCUCCCGAAUGGGACCUACGGCGGUCUAUCGCAGCGCUGAUGGUUCUGGUAAUUGCAUCGAGAUGCCCGAGCUGGGCAAGUCUGGCAUGCCUUAUGCCCGCAACGUCGCACCACAAGCCGUCAAGAGCCGUCUGCUGCCCGACCCCGAGCUCAUGUUUGACACUCUUCUUCGCCGUGACGGCGCUUCGACGUUCAAAGAGCAACAGGGAGGCCUCAACCGCCUCUUCUUUGCACAGGCCGUCCUAAUCAUUCACGAUCUCUUCGUCCCACUCUACGGCAGCAACGAGGAGCAGCAGGCUCAGGUACGCACUUACAUUCAGGGCCGCAUUCAUCCUGACACCAUCGCGCUGGAUCGUCUGAUGCUCAUGUCGCCACCUGUCAUAGCGCUCCUGAUCAUGUUCUCGCGACACCACAAUCGUCUGGUGGAACAGCUUUUUGAGGUCAAUGAACAGGGCAAAUACAAGCCAUGGAUUGCGCUAGAUGAGGAGGGUCGCAAGUGGCAAGACAACGACCUCUUCCAGCUCGCUCGCAACAUCAAUGUAGCUUUCUUCGCAAAGACGGUCCUCUGCGACUACGUUUCUGUCAUUCUAGGAACCGUUCAGCAGAACACAGACUGGCACCUGGAGCUCGGAAAAGAGAUCAAAGGGGUUACGCAGACGACUAAACGAGGAGGCGGAAACGUCGUCAGCGUCGAGUUCCUCGCCAUGUACAGGUGGCACGCCACGCUGAGCAAGGCAGAUGUGGCGUGGAUCGAGGACACCUUUCGUCGCGAUCUCCCGGGAAAAGACAUUCACAAGCUCGACUACAGCGACUUUUACGGGGUCUUGGGCAAGAAAGAAAGGGAACUACACCAGCAACCAAACAAUGAAUGGACCUUUGGAGGCCUGAAACGCAACGAAGAUGGUUACUUUGAUGAUGACGACCUCGCAAAGAUCUUAAAGGAUGCCAUCGAGGAACCAGCGCACGAAUUCGGAGGGCGUUCCGUUCCCGACAUUCUUCGCAUCGCUGAAGUCGCCGGCAUCAAGCAGUGCCGCGACGUCUUCAAUCUGUGCACCAUGAAUGAGUUUCGCCAUUUCUUGGGAUUGACCACCUUCUCGACCUUCGAAGAAUGGAACUCAAAUCCUGAGAUUGCCAAUAAGGCGAGAGAACUAUACGGCCACAUUGACGAUCUCGAGCUGUACAUUGGCCUUCAAUGCGAGGAAAACAAGCCCAACGUACCUGGCUCGGGCCUGCAGCCCGGCCACACCCUCGCUCGUGGGAUUCUAUCCGACGCUGUGACGCUUAUUCGCAGCGAUCGAUUCCUUAGUCACGACUUGAACGCAACGACGCUGACUCAGCAAGGUAUGGCGCUUCUAAAGCCCGCCCAAGGAUCUUAUGGCGGCUUUCUGCCUCACAUCCUCUACAAUUCGCUUCCCAAUUCGUGGGGACAGAGCAAUGCCUACGCCUUGCUACCAUUCUAUACUCCGAAGGCGGCACGACAGAUCCUAGCAUCUAACGGCGUGCUGGACCAUUACAGCAUCGGUCGCCCUGAUAACGCGCUCAAGGUGCAUUUGGUCGACCACGAAACGGCAUCGCUUUGCGCUGAUGAAACCCUGGCAUACCUCUUCAAGGAGAACGUCUCCCUUGUCGCUCAACUUCAGGGUGGAGUAGACGAAAGCGUUCUGAACCGUGCCAGCGGAGCUCUGUCUGGAUCAGUCCGCAGGUCCUUCGACGCCAUCAAGGAUCUCUUGAGUGUUGUCGUCAUGCGUUGGUCUUCUUCCAUGUUCGGCCUUUCGUCUGGCAACCUCGAAGUAGAGACACUGCACGACACACUGGCUCAGCUCAAUGCCUUUAUGGCCGAAGACUUCGACGCUGCUCAGCACUUUGAGCUGCAAGACUUGGCUCAGAAGGCGGCACCGGGACUCCAUAAUAUCAUCGGAUCGGUAUUGGAUCGUUCUCGCGCCAAGCCCUAUCACCUUUGGACACCCAGACUUGAUCUGCCGCCCGAAGCACGCCAGCUGUACGUGGAUAUUUACGAUCUGUCCGUCGAUGAGAAGGACCAAGCAGUGGGAAUUCUCGUCGUCUUGAUGAUUUCGGUGACGGCGACUCUUUCUCAUCUCGCCGCUCUCGCCCUCGACGCAAUUCUCUCGAGCGAGCACAAAAAGACGCUCGAACAGCUCGCCACGAGCGACAACGAGGGCGACGUACAAGCAUUCAUCACUUCGAUUCGCGCGUGGCUUCAAACGUCCAUCGAGCUCGUCGUGGCUUACAAGGCAGAGAAGAACACAUUGGUCGAGCAACAAAAAGUACGCGCCAACGAAUGGUUCCUAGUCUCUAGCGUUGGACAGCCUCUUGAUGACGCUCAGACUCUAAAGAUUGGAGACUCGGACAAGCGGGUCGUCUUCUCGCUUCUGCUAUGGAACGCAACCAUCAAAGAGACUCUCUUUGUGCCGGCCAUUUCCGCCAUGCUUCGCGAAAUUCUGAAGCUCAAAAGUCUUGCGGGAGCAAAGGGACUCGCCGGAAGUCUAUCGCCUAUUUCCCAGCCUCUCGGACAGAGCGAACUCAAGCGCACGGUGUACCUAGACGACAAGUAUCUGGCGAGGCCUUUCCCAUCCAGCCUGGUCGUCGAGUGCGAUCCUUAG